UCUCAGCAGUCGAGCAAUACUUGACUGCUUCUUGUUUUGCUGUUGUUUAGCAGCCGUGACUUGUUGACACAAGGUAAUGAGACAGGCCGCAAUUUGCUUGCACAAGACACACACACACACACCCAUCCAUACACACACAGUGAGACAACCUGCUCUUGUACUUUUUAUAGCAUACUUUUGAGCGGUGCACAAAUGCCACGACAGAAGCAGUCACAGUUGCCGCAGCAGCAGUCCGCAUCAAAGCAUGGCCCACAUUGGAGGCUUCGACUAUGGCGAGAAGCUGCCAGCAAUGGGCGCGGGCGUGACCAGCAGCACGGCUCUGGCCAUACGGAAUUCGACAAUAAUCGCGCAUCGUUUGUCCAUCUAUUUGCCGCAGCUGCUGUUGCCCACGCGGGAUCCACAAAAGCUCAUCAUGGAAAUCAACUGCCAUGUGGCUCAAUUCCGUGAGCUGCUCAUCUUUAUUGGCCAGACGCGCGAUUCGCCCGAGCUGCGCGAGAAGAUCCGUCGACUGCGACGCAGCUGCGUGGAUGCCUGCAAGCAGACGGCGCAUCUGAUCACGCCGCAGUCCAGGCACAGCCAGGCGGCCAGCUCCAGUGAGUGCCGCUUGCAGCUCCAGCUGCUCUACCAGCUGACGCAGCAGUUCCGGCACGAGCUCAUCAGGAGCCAUCGGCUUAUAGAGCUGGUGCCCUACGACAUGACCGACUACUAUGCACCCGCUCGCGGCGCACCCUCGAAUCUGGGCAAUGUGAUUAGCCAGAUAUUGCUGUGCAAGCAAAUCAAUCCGGACUUCCAACAGGAGGAGCUGUGCAGCAUCAGCAAGGAUGCGCAGGAGUUGAGCGAGCUGCUCGACCAGCUGGAAUCGCAUUUGCCCAGUCCCGCGCCCGCCGACGAACCGGACCUGCAUCUGGACCUGCACCUGCCGCACAGCUGCGAUGUUAACCUGGCCAUGUCCGCCUGGUAUAAACACCAGCGACGUCGCAGCUGCCGCAGUCGCAGUCGCAGUCUCUGCUGCUGCCUUGGGUCAUCCCACGCGAAUUAGCAUUAAGCAGGUAAGCGAAGGUCGUGCCGUCGUCUAUUAGACUACCGAAUACUCUAAUCACAUUUACAAUUUACAAUUUUCGUUCUAUUUAGUGGCACUUUUCAAAUAAAUCCAUGCAAUAAAUUUAGUUUAGCUUAGCGUUAACUUAUCUGCACUCGUGUACAGGAAAUUCCGAAUAAAAAUAUUUUUUGAACUGAUAAUAAUGAAUGGGCCAGCGGUUCACUGAAUGGGGCUUUACGAAUAAAGCAUUAUCGUAAAAUUGCCGGAAAAUAAAUAAUGUAGCUAGCGUUUGCCUUACAGACAACAAAGAACAGGUCGCAAAUCGAUUAAAUCAAUUAAAAUAGCUUAUAACUAACAAAAGUUAAUAUCAGCUAAACUGAUAAUAAGCAUUACAUAAAUGAGAACAAUAAU